AUGGUAUCGGCCACGUCAGAACUCAACCUGCACUGCUUUCACAGCCCCCUCAGACCUGACCACUCACUGCACGACACUGACCUGUGCAGGUUGUCACUGGAGCACCUGCGGAGGACCAACCUGGUCAAGGAGCAGCUGCCCGUGUUCAAUCUGCUUCCUGCCUUCUCCAUCUCCAGGCUCAUAACCCCAUCGGGGCCGAUUGGUGAGGAGCUCCAGGUGCCAGACAAGGACACCAAGGUCAUGGUGGGCACAGAAGACACACAUGGAGGCAAAGCCAGGCCAAAUCCUCAAGAUUUGCGGCCAAGUGUGUUUCACAGCAUCAAGUUCUUCGUGCUGUGCCACAGCCUGCUGCAGCUGGCGCAGCUCAUGAUCUCCGGCUACCUCAAGAGCUCCAUCUCCACGGUGGAGAAGCGCUUCGGCCUCUCCAGUCAGACCUCGGGGCUGCUGGCCGCCUUCAACGAGGUGGGGAACACAGCCCUGAUUGUGUUUGUGAGUUAUUUUGGCAGCCGGGUACAUCGGCCCCGCCUGAUCGGCUAUGGAGCUAUCCUUGUGACCCUGGCGGGCGUGCUCAUGACUGUCCCACACUUCAUCUCAGAGCCGUACCACUACGACCACACCAGCCCCGCAGACAUGCCACAGGACUUUGAGGCCUCCCUGUGCCUGCCCACCACUAAGGUCCCAACCUCAGCUCCGGCCCCAUCCAACAGCAGCUGCUCAGGCUACACAGAGGUCCAGCAUCUGGCCGUGGUGGGAAUAAUGCUCACGGCCCAGACCCUGCUCGGCGUGGGCGGGGUACCCAUUCAGCCCUUUGGCAUCUCCUACAUUGAUGACUUUGCCCACAACAGCAACUCACCCCUCUACCUCGGGAUCCUGUUUGCAGUGACCAUGAUGGGGCCAGGCAUGGCCUAUGGGCUGGGCAGCCUCAUGCUGCGCCUUUACGUGGACAUUGAUCGAAUGCCAGAAGGUGGCAUCAGCCUGACCUCAAAGGACCCCCGAUGGGUGGGUGCCUGGUGGUUGGGCUUUCUCAUCUCCGCUGGCACGGUGGCCCUGGCUGCCAUCCCCUACUUCUUCUUCCCCAAGGAGAUGCCCAAGGAGAAGCAUGAGCUUCGCUUCCGGCGAAAGGUCUUGGCAGUUUCAGACCCACCUGUCAGCAAAGCUGAGGACGCCUCCUCUGAGUGGAGCCCUGGAGAGUCCCCAGAGAAGAAGGAUGGCCCAGCCCAGAUUGCCCCAGACUUGACUGUGAUCCAGUUUAUCAAAGUCUUUCCCAGGGUGAUGCUGCGGACCCUGCGCCACCCCAUCUUCCUGCUGGUGGUCCUGUCCCAGGUGUGCAUGUCAUCCAUGGUGGCAGGCAUGGCCACCUUCCUGCCCAAGUUCCUGGAGCGCCAGUUCUCUGUCACAGCAUCCUAUGCCAACCUGCUCAUAGGCUGCCUCACCAUCCCGUUGGCCAUUGUGGGCAUCGUGGUGGGGGGUAUCCUGGUCAAGCGCCUCCGCCUGGGCCCCAUGCACUGCGGCACCCUUUGCCUGCUGGGGGCUCUGUUCUGCCUGCUUCUCAGCACGCCCCUCUUCUUCAUGGGCUGCUCUACCCACCAGAUUGCAGGCAUCAACCACCAGCCUGGUGCCCAGCCUGGGCUGGAGCUAUUUCCAGGCUGCAUGGAGCCCUGCUCCUGCCCGUCAGACGACUUUAACCCUGUCUGUGACUCCAGCGCUCGGGUGGAGUACCUCACGCCCUGCCACGCAGGCUGCACGAGCCGGGUGGUCCACGAGGCUCCGGACAAAGGCCAGGUCUUCUACACCAACUGCAGCUGCGUGGUAGGGGGCGGCCCUGUGCUAGCAGGCUCCUGCGACUCAGCCUGCAGCCACCUGGUGCUGCCCUUCAUGAUCCUGGCCAGCCUGGGUGCAGCACUGGCUAGUGUCACCCACACACCCUCCUUCAUGCUCAUCCUAAGGGGAGUGAAGAAAGAAGACAAGACUCUGGCUGUGGGGAUCCAGUUCAUGCUCCUGAGAGUUUUGGCCUGGAUGCCCAGCCCCGUGAUCCACGGCAGUGCCAUUGACACCACCUGUGUGUACUGGGCCCAGAGUUGUGGGCGUCGGGCCGUCUGCCACUACUAUGACCACGACCUGCUUCGAAACCGGUUCAUCGGCCUCCAGUUCUUCUUCAAGACAGGCUCUCUGGCCUGUUUUGCCUUGAUUUUGGCCAUCCUAAGGCAGCAGGCCAAAGAGGAGGGGACCAAGGCGACCGUACCCAACGCUGGCCUACAGCAGCAGCUGUUAGAGUCAGGGGCAAAGAAGGAGCCUGAGGAAUCCAGAGUGUGA